GGAGGUGCAAUUGAUAUGAGAACGACACAUAAACAAUACCUUGCUUUGCAGGCCACUGUCCAACCAGAUGCUGAAAAAAAUUACAGUUACUGCAUCUAUGAUUCAGACAUUGCAACUGGCUUUGGUGUUGGCGCUUUUUUGUUCCUCAUGGCUAGCCAAGUCCUUAUUAUGUUUGCCAGUAAAUGCUUCUGCUGUGGCAAGCCUUUGAGUCCUGGAGGUUCUAGGGCAUGGGCAGUUAUCCUGUUUAUAACCUGCUGGGUGUUUUUCUUCAUUGCUGAGAUAUGCCUUCUUGCGGGUUCAGUAAGGAAUGCCUACCACACCAGGUACAGGAAUUUUUUCGGUGAAGCCCUGGAUUGCCCAUCAUUGAGGAAGGGAGUUUUUGGGGCAGGAGCUGCUUUUACUUUGUUCACAGCCAUAGUGUCCGAUCUCUACUAUGUUUGCUACUCCAAGGCCAGGGACAGCUUCCAGCCAUACGGUGGAGAUGUUGGUGUGGGUAUGGGGACCUACAAGUGAGCUUGCUUUAAUGUGUGAUGUGACCAUCCUAUAUAUGUGAAUGCCUAGAUCUCUACAUCGAUUUGCCUCCAUUGUCUGUUUUUUGGGUUGCGCUUCAUGUAUUAAAUGUUCAUAGUUGAUGAUAGUUUGUGUCCUAGAUCAUAUUCCUGAUUUUUUCUUCUUCUUUCAUCAUGAUGUGAAUUUUUUGUUUUUCCCAUACCCAUCAAUAAUAGAAGACUGCUGUUUGUGUAUCUUCAGGGUGUGUAAAAAACUGAUAAUGUCACCUUAUUGACCAA